UUGGUGGAAAAUGAUAGUAACAAGUCUAUAAGCUUUUGGAAUGUAUUUGAUAGAACUUUAAACGGAAUACCAAGGAUGACAAAUAGCAUAGAAGAAAUGCAUAGGCAUUUGAACAGUCUUGUAAAGGUAAAACAAGCAUCAUUUUUUUUAAUAUUAAAAGAAUUAAUAAUUGAACAGGAAAUAACAGAAAAUAAGCUAUUACAAUCUCUGUAUGUGAUUCUACUAUUAAUGUUGAAGAUAAAAUAA